GAGGGGGGGGGCAGGAAGGAAAACAUCGCAUGACAUUUAAAGCUAAGUAAUCUAAGAAAAUUCUUUGCUUGAAAAUGUGUGACGUUUUCUGUUUGGGAAGAAACGCAUGUUGUAACUGCUCCCCACUAGACAAGAAAGUACCAUUUUUGGAUGAAGCUUUUUCUUUCCUUACCAGGAGUUUUCUAUCUGGGUUGGUCUGGAAACAGGUAGGAGAUGCCAUUACCCAAUUUUGUUCCACAGAGGAACAUUUCUGAUUUUUUUUGUGAACUGUCAGAAAUUGCAUUCUUUGGUCCAAGACUGAAGAAUAGCUGCAUUGUUUUUGAAGAGAAAAAAUGUAUCUGUAGUGUGAAUAUUUAUACGUGUGCAGAAUUUCAUGUUUUCAUUAAACCAGUGUUAAGCUUAUAUCACCUAAGAACAACUAGAUUUUAUAAUUAACAAUAUGAAACAUUAAGGAUUAAUUCCCUGUAUUUUUCAAAAGGCACAAUAAGAAAUCAGGCAGGGUAUGAAUCAUGAAUGUUAACAUGCUGUACCUCUAUAUCCCUCUUUUGACAGCAAUUAGUGCAAAGCUAACUCCAUAUAUAAUCUGUGGCAAGGAGCACUGGGAGACAACUAAGAGACAGUGACAAUGUCUUUAAACUGGCGGACAAUUCGUACUCAACUUGGAGUUUUUAAAGUGAACUUCAAAGGACUGGCAUGCCUCUUGGUCUUCACAGUGAGCGUUUGUGGCAGUGCCCCAGGGAUGUGUCCAACAGCCUGCAUCUGUGCCAGUGAUAUCGUAAGCUGCACCAAUAAGAACCUCUCUCGAGUGCCAGGAAAUCUUUAUAAAUGUAUGAAAAGGCUGGAUCUGAGUUAUAACAGAAUUGGGUUUCUGGAGCCUGAAUGGGUCCCAGUGCUGUUUGAGAAACUGAACACUUUAAUAGUCAAUCAUAAUAGCAUUAGCAGCAUUAUCACUGGAAGCUUUUCCACAACCCCAAAUCUGAAGUACCUAGACUUGUCGUCCAACAACCUGAAGACACUAAGCAGCCCUGUGUUUCAGGAGCUGAGGGUUCUGGAGGUUCUUCUGCUGUACAACAAUCACAUAACACAGAUAGAGUCUUCAGCCUUUGGAGGAUUGUACAAGUUGCAGAAACUAUACCUAAGCUAUAACUUGCUCUCACAUUUCCCACUGGACUUGUACACUGGAAAAUAUAAACUGACAGACCUUGUGUUGCUGGACAUUUCCUUUAAUCACAUCCAGUUGAUGCCUAUUCAGCGCCUGAGUUCAGUGCCAGCCAAACAUCUUAGUGGAAUUUAUCUUCAUGGCAACCCAUUUUAUUGUGACUGUGUGCUGUACUCCAUGCUAACCUUCUGGUAUCAAAGGCACUUCAGCUCGGUGGUGGACUUCAGAAAUGAGUACACCUGUUUGUUGCGAUCAGACCCAAGAGGUUACAAUAAACUGCCUUUAUUGCACGACAACUUUCUGAAUUGCUCUGAAAGCACUGUCAACAGCUCUUUCCAAGCCUUUGGGUUUAUUCACGAUGCCCAGGUUGGUGACAGGCUGAUUGUACACUGUGACAGCAGAAUCAGCGAUGCGGGCACGCAUUUUGUUUGGGUUAGUCCAGACAAUAGAUUGCUGGAGCCAGACAGGGAGACCAACAACUUCAAGGUGUUUCGUAAUGGCAGCCUGGAGAUAACAGAUGCCCAGCUAGAGGACUCAGGGCUGUAUUCCUGCAUUGCAAUAAAUAAAAAAAGACUAUUAAAUGAAACCAUAGAGGUUAGAAUAAACGUUAGCAAUUUCACAGUGAACAGGUCCCAUGCUCAUGAAGCAUUUAAUACAGCUUUUACCACCCUUGCUGCCUGUGUAGCCAGUAUUGUUUUAGUACUGCUGUAUCUCUAUCUGACCCCCUGUCCAUGCCAAUGUAAGGCAAAAAGGAGGAAGAGGAAGCUGAACCAAAGCAGUGCCCACUCAUCCAUACUGAAUUCCACACCGCCACAACAGCUGCCAGCCGAUGAGAAGAAGGCUAGCACUGGUAAACGGGUGGUUUUCCUGGAACCUGUGCACGAACCAAAACACAGUCAGAACGGGAAAGUAAAGCUGUUCCCUAAUGACAAUAUCAUUGCUGAGAGUAUCUUAAAAACUACUCGAACAAAAUCCGACUCCGAUUCUGUCAACUCCGUGUUCUCAGACACACCUUUCAUGCCAUCAACUUAGUUUGCUGCCCGUGUUUGUAUUGUGCAGUUACAUUUCUGAAUACCUCCUUUGCUUGUAGCAACCAUCAGAAAAAACAAAUAAAAAGAGAUAAAAUGUUUUAAAAAAGUUUCUGUUGUCAGUCCUUAAACUGUGUCUCCUCUCUCUGUGAGUGCAGGGCCAUGCAACAGUGAUAUCUCGUUCGGGAAAAGCAAACAGCAUGGCAUUAAUGUGAAUGUCUUCAGUGCAAGCUUAGCCUUGGCUUUUACUCUCUGGUCCAUACAUAGCAAUUUCUCAUGCAUGUUUAGAGGUGCUCUCAGUGCAUGCAGCUGACUCUUCAGAGGCGGAGUCUGACCCCUAUAAAACACUCUCAGUCAUGCUGAUAACUCAGCUCCUGUGCAGUGAGCACAGAAGCAAAAUCAGAAGGGUACUGAGGAAAAUGUCCAGACUUCCUGAAUUCCUUUCACAGGCUUAUAAAAUCCUUACAGUAAAAUCACUAGGGGGAAAAAGUAAUGAGUUCCUUUGGACUGAUCAGAACAAAGGAUUAGAUUUGGCACCAGCAUGCAUAGCAGCACUGGAUAAAUUUUUAUGGCCUUCAACUGAUAAUGUGAUGCUUGAAAACUUUAAAUGAGGGGCAUUGUACUCAUUUUAUUCAAAACUUAGUCAUGGGAUUACUCAUGAGAAGCAAAGUGGUUGUAUUUGUUUGUAAAUAUUGACACAUAAUGAAAACAGGUAGAAGUUAACGCAUUACCUUUGAAAUUGUCUUUAUCAAGGAAUGAAACUUGUCAGUCAUGAGGACUCAAGCUAAUUAGCACUAACUCAUUAAGCUACAAUAACUGGAUUUAUUAUAGUCAGUUGUCUUAAUCUCUGAAGCUUGCUGUGGCAUAACACAGUAAACAAGCCUAACACCAUCACCAGGGCUUGAGCUUCAUUUUACGUGUGGGUGGCUUCUCUCCAGAGGUAACUUCAUGAAAUAGGGGGAGUAUUUCAAUCAAUCUCUCCAGUGUCACAUGGUUCCAUCAAGUGGUUAUAAAAUUUGCUUCCUAAAGAUUUUUCUUAAAAGAGGAAAUACAGUAUUUAGUCAAACUCAUUAAAAAUAUAAAAGACUAUGCACCGUGAAUUCAGAAAGCACAGCUUUUCUCUAGACUUGGCCCUUGUCUAAUAUGUACUGUUUCCUUCUUUGUCUGAAUUGUUGGACUAGAUGAUUCUGUGAUUCUGUUACAUUGUCAAAGUUUAUGAACAUGGUAAGACUGGCCUGAACUGGUGAUGCAACAUAGGUUGCAUGAAGUGUUGUGUUAUUGUAAUGAGCAUGCUGUUCUAUUUGUUAUUUCUUUUUCUGUUAGAUUUGCCCCCUUUUUUUUUCUUUUUAGCUUACUGGGACUGGGAUAGACUUUGCCAAUCUUUCUCACAUUGAAUAAUACCAGCAUCAAAGGAUUUCUGCAAGGAAUUACAGCUUACCAAAGAAGAGUAAUUGGAGCAUGUCUGUCUCGUUGUAUCUUUGGGGAAUAUACUGAAAGGGUGAAGGAUAAACAAAAUCAGAAUUAAAGGGUUACAUGGUAUGGCAACUGUAAUUUAUUUUUGAGAGGCUUACUGUAACAGCCACAUGCCAUUUUUUGUGAUUUCUUUUGAGAGACAUGUCAUCAUGCUAAAGCUUAUAUCUGGCUGAGCCAAAGCUGUCAACAAUUGAUUUGCUAUGGAGAAAUCCUGACGUAGCUAAUUGUUUGAAAGAAAGCUAUCUGAAAAACAGAUUAGAUCAGGAAACACUGCUGCUGUGAUGUGCACAAUGUGGAAUUAGAAAACUGCUAGAGAUUUUAAUUCAGAUAUUCAGGGAAAUGGAAGAUGGGAAAUGUUUUUUCUAAGCAGAGGAUAAUAAAUAUUUAGGAGAGAGACAUGACCACACAUUUGGGUCUUUUCUUUGUAUAUUCAUCUGUGUAAAUUUAAACAUGGCUUCAGCUAUCAAGAAGGUUAGCAUCCUUUCAUAAAGCUCUUUCCCUCUUUUGUCUGUAUACGUGCAAUAAACCAAAAUCCUUAUGUUUACAUACAAGGUAUGAGGAGAAAACAGUGACUGUCUUUGCUAAAAUCAGUGAUAUAGUUGGGUCAUCUAACAGUGAGGCAAAGGCUUCACACUGUCUCCUUCUCAAAGAUUUUUUUAUUGAAAGGAUUAAGCUAAGCUGCGUGAUCUGCUGCUGUGCCACGCACAUGGUGGGUGGCUGUCCCCUGCAUUGCACAAGGAGACAAUCAGCAACCCAGAGCCAAAGGGCUGAAAUGGUGGUGAGGCAGAGUAGGAAAUGGAGAGGCAAAUACUCCCAUGGAAAGUUGUACAGAUCAGUUACAGCUCUGGGCAGAUAUUAUGCUCUGUUGUCAUACAUGAGCUUAAUUGACCCAGAUUUUGGUGUUUACACAAGAGCUCUGAUGGUCGGUUCCAAAUUGGGCUGAAAAUAAAACAUGCUGUCAUCAGUGUGGCUGGGAAACAGAUGUAUACAUCUCUUUAGCAGCUACAGCUGAGCAGGUACACCCCACUGCUGUUCACAGUGCAGUGCAGUGACCAUGCCGCAUCAAACUCACCGUGCAUUUUAAAUCUGCAUGGUAGUCCUAAAUAAAGAAGGUAGCAAUCCUGCAGCCUUCCUUCCAUGGGAUUGUUGUUCUCCAUCAAGACAUGGAGAUUUGUGGGAUCAGAGUAAUUCUGCUAGAUGACUAGAGAAGCUGAGUGUGGAUCUAAACAGCAGACGUUUACUGUGACUAUUAAUUGUCUGUAUUUUACUGACUGCUUCAAAGUACUCACAGUUAUAAUUGUGAUUAUGAACAAGGUGGUAAAACCAAAGCUUUUGAGAGAGCUGAUGGCUUGUUUGCUGCUUCUUUACAUUAUUACAGCCUCGUAAGUUCAAUAGGUGCAGCUUUAAUAAAGAUUUUUAAAGUCUUUACUGAAUAUUUAUCAUAUAACACCAACACCGUAGAUCUACAAUCCCUGUCCUCUUGGAAGGCUGUGGAAAGGCAAUGCAGCUCAGCUGUUCCUCUCUUCCCACCACAAUGCAAGCCCCAUGAGGCACUGCCAUCCAGCUCCACAGUCACGCAGUGCUCUGGAUGGUCUCCUGGACAGGAGGGGUUGCUCAGAUAUCACACCAGUAACUCCAGUGUGGUCCACCCUCCUAGUGAGUCCUCCUCAGCAGGCCUGUCCUACCACCAUGUCAUCCCCAUUAGCCUAUGUCCUGGAUUUCCUGUUGCUGCUUCCAGCAACUACCAAAGAGCUCAAUGAUAUUUUUAAUACAGAGUGAGCUCAGUCCUGGCAAGCUGUUCAGUGCUCUGGCUGCAGUUCAGCCACGCUCUUAAAAUGGGUUUGCAUUAAGGCAGAGGUACCAACCCACUGGCAAGAAGUCCCUGGUUGGUCAUGGAGUCACUGCCUCUGCAAGAUGCCCAGAAUGAGAUAUUCCACAUGCAGCUCAGAUAACCCCAGGUGAGUUUUGCUCUCCCUUGUCUUCUUUCUAGUGCCUGAGACUGUGCCACACAAGGUCAUAGGCAGGGCUCUAAGCUAUACCUCAAUACUAUGUCUUUCUGUGGGGCUUCUUUAAACCUAGGUCCUCUGCCACUUUAACAGUGAUGAUCAGCUUUUCUCUUACUCAAGGACCUAUUGCAUCAGUUCCAGCUGUCUCAUAGAUCACAAAUAAGGGUAAUGGCUGCAGACAGCUCUGGAAGGUCAUGUCCUUGCCUCUGUGUAUUUCCAGUACUGCACAUGCCUGCAAGGCAUAAGCUUUUGUGGAGUGCGUUGGGAACGGGUCGUGUCAGGCCAGCAUGAAACCUCUUAGGCCAGUCCUGAGCAUGGCAACAGCAACUGCACAACCGCAUUGUCCCCAUAUUACCUACCUGUAGUGGCAGGUGAAAGGGAAGGCUGCUAGUCCUCUCUUCUGACCUCUAUAAGGUUAAAUAUCUAACUGCAACCACCUCACUAACGAUGAACACGUACAAUGGCUGACUGCCCCUCAAAUACACUGGGCAGCUGCCAAGGAAGCUGGAAGCAGAGGGUGAACCAAAGUGCUUUCCUGAUACCAGCCCUUAAUUUGCAGCUGAUUGUAACAGCCAGCACCAUGUCCUUUUAGCCCAGAUGUUUACCCGCAACGUGUUAGGCAAAUAGUGCUCCAGGUUAGUAAUGUACCUAUCUCCCUAGCAUUGCUUCUUCGAAAAGGCAGAUUUCUGGGUACUGCUAAUGACAGUGUCAAAGGACUAACGGAUUAUAUAGCUCAUUUUUCUGAAAAAGCAAAACCCUAGGGUCAAGUUGUGAUUAAACCAUAAACUUUAGGAUAGCACAAGAUUAUUUCUUCCUGCUAGAGUAAAUCAACCUCCUUCAGAGUACUUUUAUACCUUGACUGGAGCAUAUUCCUAAUAACCUCUCAUGUCUCUGAACUGGGUGAGAAUAAAUCAGUCUUUAUGGGACAAAGCAUGUUAUUGUGGUCAUCUCUAAAGUGACAGUCCCCUGUGGACUACAGCUGCUGGCCAUCCCGCCCAGAACACUCUUCUGCUCUCUUCAUUGAGGCUGAGCCAUCACCAUUUCACCGUGGCAGGCUCAGGGACUGUUUCCAGCCUCUUCCUUCAUAGUUCUCUGUGUCAAGACUGGCUUUGAAGAUGGUUUCUGGAUGUACUACAAAGCUGCUGGAAGGGAUCAUUUUAAUUGAUUAAUCAAAACAGCUACUUCCAAAUGGCUUCUAAAUGAUGAGAACUGGCAUUAGUAAGUAGUAGCUUUUGAGAAGACAGGAUACACUUUUCAUUUACAGAUUGAGCAAUUUAGAUUUUAGAUUUUACUUUUUGCUUUUUCUGGUAAACAAUACUUGAAUCAAUAUAUAUAGAAAGAGAGUACAUAUUUAGAGAUUUUUUUUUCCUAUGUUUCUUUCACGUAUUUCCAUUUGUCCAGUAGGGCUCAGAUGUGGAGGAGAAAUUUGAGAUUGAGGAGGAUAAGGGAAAGAAAUAAUUCUGGCCAAAGUUCACUGGCUAAUAUCUGAGGUCUUGCCUUCAGUGGGUACA